AUGAACCGGCCGCUAGAUUUUAAUCUGCAGGUGACGAAGUUUUCCCCGACGUCCAGCGGGUCCAUAUCAAAUGUAAAAAUGUCUGGGUCUGGAAACUUGUGAUGCUGGGUGGCGUCUCAUGAUGAGGCUACGGAUGCUGGCUCAGCAUGACAAGUUUCUGAGCUCCUAGGUGUUGCUUAUUCUGCAUGACAAACUGCGCCUCUGCAUGACAGAAAAACGGAGCUCUUGGGUAACGUGCAUGACAGAUUCAAGAGUCAUGCCAGACAAGCAUGACAGACAUGAAUUCUUCCAGACCCAGACACUUUUACAGUUGAUACUCCACGUUCCAGUACCAUGUACAAAUAACCUCCGGUAUGCAAGAGAAAAACUGUGUAACAGAUGCAAACAUGCAAAUACAACUACAAACAGAUGCAGGUACAAAUAACCUCUGUGAUGCAGAACAUGCAAAAGAGUUCCACUUGUCAUGCCAAACACUCAUGAAGUCCUCCUACUUUUCAUCGUGUGUUUUCUCGUACUAGCUGCGCAUGACAAACUUUCCCUGUGAACAUGCGGAGGAAGCUUGUCAUGCUGUCACUGCAAGGGAGACACCUACAAUAACACCGUUUUUUUCUUGGAUAGCCGGCCCGACCCUGAGCUGGGAGGUCAUAAAGCGGUUUUCGGACUUUGACCGCUUGCUCGACCAGCUCGAUUCGCAGCGGUAUGGCUGCCUCCCGAAACUCCCUCCCAAAACCCUCGCGCGACCCCUGGAUGUCGAGUCCGCGACCGAGCGGCAGCGACUUCUGCAAGUGCUGCUGCACGAAAUUCUCAGGAGGCCGGACCUGCGGAACAGCACGCCCCUGAAGGAUUUUUUGGAAGUAUAAUUGUGCAAGACAAAACGGUUUUGUUUCUCUUCUGCUUUUCGAUUUUGCAGCCCCUGAUAGACACCAAGAUACUAAAUCACUGACCAGCGCCGCGGCUAUUGUGCUGCUGCUUCUUGUUUGCAUCGCCUCGAGGAAACCUAGUUAAUGGAUUCGCUACAUACUUUCACCUGUGGCAUAUGAUAAUGAUUCAUCACACAUCAUCAGAUCGAAGCCCACAUUCCCACUCUCGGCGAUGUGGACCUGCAGCCACAGAUUAUGCGCAGUUUCGAGGACAUGCGGUACUCCGCGAGCGGCAUCGUACCCGUGCCCAACCGCACCAUCGUCCUCGCCGUGCACCAAGACAAUUCCUCCCUGUCCCGUCUCGGGCGCGUCUGGAGCAUCGUGGAGCCGGAUGAGUUGGGGGUCUUUCACCUGUGGCAGCACGGCGAGGAAAAGGGCUGGGAGAGGAAAGACGACGUGUCCUGCCACCAGAAGCCAGUUUGCACCCUCUACGACGACGCGACUGACAAAGUUUUCGCAGGCUUCGACAACGGUCAAGUCAAGAUCUUAGGUAAGAAAUGUUGUGCUGCUGAUUUCACAUGAUGACUUCAAGUUCAACAACCUAGACCUACUAACUUUCUCUUACGAUUCUCAAUCACAUCUGUUAUUGCUCAUCUUCCAAGUGUUGUGUUUCUGCACGAAAUGGUGCAUUCCAAACAUGGCGAUGUCGUGUACUCCCCGUUAAUAUUUCAUCAGGAUUAUUGCACACCGACUCCGACAAAAACAAACCCAAGGUAUCGACAUGGAGCGUAGCAUGAAGAAGAUUUUUGCGAACGACGCCGUUCAGAUGCACCACCUCGCUUCCGUGGUGGAUAUGAGCCUGGGCGGCGGCCGCCUGCUCUCCAUCGGCUACGACAGCACGUUACGCCUGCUCGACACCAGCUCCCACGGCAUCGUCGGUGGGGGCAAGCUCGGAAAGCGGCUACCGGAAGACACCUACCUCACCACCUGCUUCCUGGAUAGCGAGCAGGACCGAGCCUUUCUCGGGUCCAGCGGCUACGACGUUUUUGUGUUUUCCGUCGCGAACAACCCCCCGGAGUUUCUCUUCCACUACAAAUUCCCGUUGGUCGACCUAGGCUUGAACGUCGUGGUGUCGCACAGCCAAACGAAUCUGCUGCCCAUCCCGCUCGACGGGCGCUACGUCGCGGGAAUCGGGAAGGGCGGGAACACCAUGGCGUUUGCGCACAGCAACGUGGUGACCAUCUUCCCCUACAUGGCGCGCAACCAGGAGCAGCGCAUGUUUGACCGGAAGAUCGUGGACUUUUCCGCGUACGAAGACAGCCACAUCGUCGACCUCCAGGUCGCCGCCGACCGCUCGAUUCUGGUCGCGGGCUUCUCCAAUGGCGGAAUCGCCAUGUGGAACUACGACUCCCCCUCGCCCAUUUUAGUCGUGCAGGCGCACGAGGGCGGCGUGUCCCGCAUAUUGUGGCUGGACUCGCUCCACCCCUGGGGGCCGGCGCUGCUGUCGGGCGGCAACGAGGGCAAGAUCCACACCUGGUCCUUUCAGGCGGAUGUGUUCAACGACUAUCACCACUGGAAGGCGGACCCACAGUUCCUCGCUAUCACACAGAAAAAAGCAGGCAAGUCACAUUUGUUGUAAUGCAAAAAUAAAUACACAAACACAAAAAGCUCUGUAUUGCAUAUACGAAACAGCAUGCUAUGGGUCCCCCCAUGACAAGUUUCUGUGUAUUUAUUUUUGCAUUACAGAUAUGCCCUGCCACUGCCAGCUUUUUUCUCUGGGAUACUCGCGGCCGCCAACAAGGAGGCGCCGCGGAUCGUGGGGAAAAGCACCUUUGCGACCACGCAGGUGCUGGCCACCGCCGCCACUGCCGCCACGGACUCACCCGAGAAGCGACCGCUGCGAGUGGGGGGCUUGUCGCCCGGUCAGGAUACCACCGCUCCGACGUUGCGGCAACCCGACGAAGAAGACAGCGACGACGACUUGAAGGGCGUUUUUUGACACGGAAAGUGACGAAGAUGUGUGUGUCGGAAAUGUGGUCAACUCGGUGCUCGAAGCGACUUACUACCUUGAUUUGUGAAGCGGCGGAACGCGGCGACUACGACAUGAGACACGGAAGAAUGCACGAGAGGAUCUUCUUGGGCAUGAUUGAGGUCCGAAGAUGAAAACCACCGCCGACUGUCAUGCAAUAUUGAACUCCGACGCUAACAGUCAGUGUGGCCCCGGUGGUGAACAUGCUCGAGCAACACCUGCUUUUUUCCGUGGGGAUGGCUAUGGCUCCGGCUGCAGAAGAUGUAACCAUGCACAGGAGCGCGAGCGCCAGAUGAACUUCUAGAAGGGACUGCUACAUGAUCUACACGUUGCCCAAACUCGAACCAGCAAACGCACUGCUAGGAACAGGCACUGUGGUCGUGAUGCAGCGAGUUGAUGCCUUGUUCGUGGACGCGGGCAACAGCCGCGGGGAGAUGGUUGCUGUUUAUGUACGUAGAGGAGCAUGAGCAGCAUGUCGCAGUACAGCUACAGGAAAAUAAGACUCACUGCUAUAAGUCGCUCGCACGACCUAGAUGACCUAGACUCACACGGCUAAAAAUCGCACUUUCGCCCAUGUUUUUGUCGCAUGUCAAGCUUCGUCGAAGUAACGAGGUGGAGACAAGACGUAACAGCAAUCGCAAUUGCG